AUGUCACACUUUGUAUUCCAUAUGCUGGUGGUUCAGCAGAUGCACAUCGGGAAAGACAAUUUGCAAAAGGAUUCGUUCUUUUUCGGUUUGCCAUCUAUUGUCUAUGUGCUCUUCCUAUACUUGUCAUACGAUGUCGAAUGGUUGCUGCUUCCGUUGAGCAAAUUCUGGGAAUCAGAUCCAGAAUGGGCUCAGAAGACAUCCUUCGAAAUGGCCUUUGUGACUGAAAGAGCUGCUUGCAAGACUGUGCUGCAGGAUGCAACAUGCAUUCAGGAUGUGGCUGAUGCUAUUGCGCUGCAGUCACUAGACCGUGGUGUGGAAUUGCAGAGAGCUGAUAGCCUGACAACUAACAACGCUGCACGUCCGACUCGUAAUGCAUUUGUGCCGGAGGCUAGACAGCAAAAAGCGAAACAAGCUCACAUAAGUCGGCGACAAGUUGUGUCUGUGCCGGCACAAACACCAAGGAAUUAUUUUGUUGAACGUGCUUGGAUUUCUCGUCUCCUCAGCGACUCUCAAUUGGUGGCACAGGAUCGGAAGUGCCGCACUUUCUAUUUUGCUUGGGUGAUAUGGAUGUGCUUGACAUCCUUCAUGUGUUUGGCUGCUGUGGCAGCGGUAAUCCUUCAACUGAAAAAUGAUAUCGAAGACAUCAUUGCUGGUCAUGGAGAAGAAUAUAUUUGCGUUGCCAUCGUUGGGACAAAUGUCCUUGCCAUGAUUGUUGUGGCCUGCUACUAUGUGGGUGACCUGGUCUUUCCAUGAAUGCGGCAGUGCGGAUGAUGGGGGGCAUCCCAAAUUGUAUCUUUUUGAUGCCCCCCACACACACUGCACAGAAAGAAUUUGGGAUUUUGUAGGUUGCAGGAUGGUUCACCAUGGAUUGAGAUAGAAAUCUGUCUCAAACAUCACAAGAAAUUGGGCAGUGUGAAAUGCCUGAUCUUUUGUACUUCGAACAGUCUCCCACUUUUUGGCCAGGGUACGAAAAUCGCGAUGCCCCUGUACACUAAAUUGAUCUAAUUUGUGGCCUACAAGCCUGAGAAUGCAGAGCACUUGUGGUUGCAAACAUAGCUUCCACAUCACCUCAGCAAGUGUGGUGUCAAAGAGAGCAUCCAAAAAGCGUCACACGGGGACCCUGG